GUAUAUUAUUAUUAUAGAGAAGAUAUACAAACGUACUCAAGAAGAAGAAUUGCCUAUUGUACAAGAAGGAGAGCCUAUCAAAUCUUCAGUUAGUUGUCGGUUAAUGUCGUAAACGGUCUCCAGAGAAUCGAUCGAUUUUUAAUUGAAAUAAAAUCCAAAGAGAAUUUGAUAUACAUCGACGAAAAAAGUUCGAAAUUAUAAGCCGAGAAAAAUUUUAAAACAAGAUAAAUAAAAGAAAAGAAAAGAAACGAAAGGAAAAGGAAGGAAAAGAAAGGAAGAGAAACAAGAAGAAGAAUGGCAUUAUCGAUAGCCUUGCCUCUAUCUGGUCUAGAGCCUGAACAUUUUGCCUCCAUAGGGGCGAGAAUUUUGUACGAACGAGGUUUGAGAAUUUUGUCUGGCAAUCCACCGAUCUCACCGAGUACCGCGAGUGAAUCCAGUGGGAUCUCCAGUUUCAUACCCUCCACCACCGAAUCAUCAACACCCGAUGAAACGCCAAUCUCAUCGAGACCGGAAACACCAGCCGAGGAAACGAUCAAGAAGGAGGAGGAAGAGAAAACGAAGGAAGAGGAGUUACCGCUUCGAAUCUAUUACAGGCAACGCGACAUAUUGAAUUUAGGAGCGAAUCUCAGAGAGCCGUUCUGGCAAAUGAGAGUUCCAACGAUGCCACGAUACGAUUUCAAAAGUUUCGUAGAGAAUAGGUCGGUGUAUUAUCGGUUAGGCGAAUUCGGAUUAACGGAAGAUUAUCCAACGAGAAUGUGCACAGAUUGUGGGUUCUGCGAACCAUCGCCAUACCUGUUUUAAUCUGUCGACAUCGAUGUUGAAAACAACCGACAAGAAGAACGACGUUGCGAACAACUAACUGUCAUAAAUAGAUAGACAAGCGGCAGCCGGCUCGAAUUCACGAAGUGAAACCAAAAAAAAAAACUCCCAAAAAAAAAAAACAAAAAAACAAAACAAAAAAAACAAAAAAAAAAAAAGAGACCAGUGACAAUAUGCAUAAAAGUACACGCACGUUUCUCGAGGAAACAUUAAAAAAAAUGCAUUGAUCUUUUGGCGCCAAAAAGAAGAAGCGCGAAAAUUCUCUACAAAUAAAUAAUCAACUUCGCAAAUUUCGAAAAGAGAAUCGUACUAAUGUAAAAAAAAAAAGUAUAUUUAUAUUUCUAUUUUUUCGCGCGUUGGUGGCGUACUGACCGAAUGAUUGAUUGUCAGAUACAUAAUCGGUUUUGAAGAUUUGUUCAAAAAAUUUUUGCGAUAUUUUUUAUUCUUCGCUGACGCAUUCACUUUUUUUUUUUUUUGUUUCACGCUUUAUCCGUGACUAGACAAUUGUGGCAAUUUUUAUUUCACAAUUAAUCACUUAUUGCUUAACCUGUGUAUCUGACAAUCGAACCCUUGUCCAAUUAUAUUAUAUAUAUAUGUCGAAUAUUAUAGCCGGUAAACGGGCUGCGAUGAUCUACAUACAGCGUAUCUUUGCAAAUAAAAUAUAGGUAAAGUAUUACACGUUGAACAGGGCAGGUCAUCACAUCACGGCUAUGCAAUUUAUGCAUAAGCGUAAUGAUCGACUGGCUAGGCUGGAAAGUUCCACUGUUCAACCGUUUUUUUUUUUUUAAGUUUUAGAAUAUUUCUCAUCGAGCGAUGAUUCUAGAAGAGAAGCAAACGAUUUUCUCGCUAAUUCUUUUUUUUUUUUUCCCUUUUAUACUCCUUUUUCUUUUACAAAACGUACGGAAACACGUGAUACCAAUACGUUGCAAGAAAGAAUAAUUAAUAUAUAAAUAAUAAUAUUAAGAGUCAAAUUUAUAGGGGGGGGGGGGGGGGAAGAAUGUUUUAUGGGGAAAUGUUUAAAAAAGAAAAAAAGGAUUGUUGUAAAAACGAGGCUUGUACGAUUUUUUUUAAAGAAUAUCCUUAUCGAUAUUGUACACGAAAGCAAAGAAUUUUUCCAACUUGCAGUCAAUCGCGCGACACGAUUAAUAAUCAAUAAACGAAUAAGUUGGAAAUUCUACCCGUGAUAUUUUUCUUUUUCUUUUUUUUCGCUAGAUAGAAUUAUUAAUAAGCAUUCCAUUAAGCACAUCUCUUUGUGCGUUGUGAACGACAUAGCAACCUAUUAUAAUAUUACGAACAAUCGACCAGUGCGCUAUAAUUAUAAUUGGCUUAUACAUUUUCACGAUAAAUGUAAUGCGCGCUCACAGAGUAUUAUUGUAAUUGUACCAAAGCUAUUUCACUAGAGUCUUUACUGACCAUUGUUUAUAAGCGGGUAAUAAACAAUAUUUUAUAACGAC